GAAGCCGUUCGCUUAGGAAUUCUCAAGCCGGUUUUGAGACGACUGAAUGAUGCUGAACGUAGCAUGUAUGUUCGUUCCGGCUCUGUAUUUGUGUGGGAGGAGAGCGACGAUGAUGCUGGCAUCAAGCGAUGGACCGACGGCUGCAUGUGGAGUCAGAGCAGAAUGAGGGAGCCAUUUUUAUUCUAUGAGGAGAAGUUACAGGAGGAUAGAUCCGGUAUCGCUUCCAAGAAGUCAUCCUCCUCCAUGAGUCCGUUAACACCCUUGUCUCCUGGCUCUAGAGCUUUAUCCAGCUAUCCAAACCCACCUCACUCGCCAUCAACACAUCACAGCUCUGUCCCUCAGGCGUUUAGCCACGCCACGAUCAGCGAAGGAGGGACCCCCGGGUCUGGUCUGGUCAAACAGGCUUACUCUGCAUACGUAACUCAACCAGGAACAUCAAUUCGCAAAAAGUUCCACUUGACUGCCUACUUUACGUAUGCAGACCUACCCAACCUCCCCACUCUUGAUUCAGAACCCUCAUUAUCCAACAUUGUGAUCCCACAAAGUGUCUAUCGCAGUGGCAAAUCACGAACAUCAGGGAGAAAUCUCGCCAACGCUGCUGAGCCAAUGCGAGCGCGUCAACCAGGUGGCAAUGGCGUUGAUUCAUCACCCUCGCCUACAUCAUCACCCUCAAGUAUAGACCAUCCCUCUCUAAACCCCUCCCA